UCGCAUGCAGUGGCCUGGCGUGAGUCCGCACGAGCGCGUCGAGUCGCAUCGGGAGCGAAUUGUGUUCUUAUCGGUUCUCGGAUCGCGUCGACGGGGUCGAAUCUUGAAUCUUGCCCUGAGAUUUGGCGCGUCGCGGCCCCUCUUCUCUCACCUCCUCGCAUCUUCUUCUUCUUCUUCUCUCUCUCUCUCGUUCGUUUUCCCUCUUUCUCUUUCUCGCUCCCUUACGCGGGGCAUUAUGCUCGCGGCCGACGAGCGCGUCCGCGAUAGAAACGGCGUCCUUGUCAACGGUGAGACCGCGAGCGAGUGCCGAUCAGCUGAUCGCGCGGAAAGCCUUUGACACGCUGGCGGUCAGCUCGACCCUUAACAAGACCACUGGCAUCAGCGGAAUCCAGUCGAUCGUAGAAGCGACCCGCGUUUUCGGAAGGUGAAUCCUCGCCCCCACCUUUCCCCUCGCACCUUGCUCCGACCUAAAUCCCGCGUCCCGUAGAUCUCGUCGUUCUCGCGAAUCACUCUGCCCCCUUUCUCCCCCCGCUUCUCCUCGCAAGUAUUAUUCUCGAGUCGUAAGCUCGCGAGCGAUUGAAGGAUGUCGAUCGUAAUCUCGUAAGUGCGGCGUGAUAAGAUCUCUUUUUAUUACUCUUGUCUCUCCCUCUGCUUCUCCGGAAUCGUCGAACCCUCUUCUUUUCCCGCCGUCGGAGAUCUCGAGUACGUGCUUGACGUCGAAUUCGAGAGUUGUCAGGAGAGAGAGAGAGAGAGAGAGAGAGAGAGAGAGAGAGAUGGAAGCCGCCGUCGGUUUAAACCGUGUGAUCAACGAAGAUUCGCAUGAUGUUUAUAAUCCCAGCACAAUUCUCGGGGAAGCUGAUCGUUGGAACAAUCUGAUCGCCAUUUUGUCGCCAUAAUCGCGCUCGUUCUUCAGUGUCGUAACGUAUUAUAAGAUCGAGCGUCGUUUCCUCGAUCGUUUUCGAGUCUAGUCAGAGAGACGCUGCAACCUUAUCGCUGCACAUCCGCGUUUGGCGCACCUCCCAAGUACCUCCAUGAAGCAAAGUGUGUCCCGAAUGAACGAUUAACGUAAUCUUUCGAAGAGAUGCGGGAACCGACAACGUCGGAGCGACAACGGUGAGCGAAACGCGCCGUAGGUGCCGUAAAGGUGCGACGUCGAGGCAGGACGAAAGAGAGCCCCGAUAGAUAGAGAAAGCGAGAGGAAUUAUGCCAGACAAAAAUCCGGGUCGCCGAAAUGGACAACGCGAAAACAAAGAUUUCCUCGCCGGCGAGAUAUCAUCCAUCGGCAUGUCGUUGCGGCCCAGCGGGAGCGCAUCCUCCGGCAUCUCGACCCUCGCAAGUUGCGGUGAGGUCGACGCGCUUCCCGAGCUUCCGGCUCAGGACGAAGAACGUCUGCAGCGCGCUGCGCGUCUGCUGCAGCAGAGACUGGUGCUACGUCAAUGGUUGACGGAUCAUGGCCUACACAAUUAUUAUCAAAAGUUGAUGCAGAUGGAGGUGAUGUCCCUGGAGGAUGUGUACUGGGUGGAGGACAAUGCGGCACGGGCAGCCCUUGGCAAGGAUCUACCGCGGUGGAUCCAGGCCAGGCAGACAUUGCCUACUUCAAAAGAAGAUUUAGAAACUCUAAAAGCAGAUCUGUGGAGUGCCGUUGUGAAAAACAGCCAACAUCAGGAUGCUUGGACAUGGGGCGGUAUGCUGGUAGUUUCCGUGUCAGUGGCAGGGCUGGUUACCCUGGCUGCUAUGACGCAGCCCGCUCUGGCACCCGAAGCGAAACAUUCUCUUCUGCAGUACGUCACAGGAAAAUAUUUAUUACCGAGUAAUUGCCGCGUUCAUUUCGAGUGGGAAGAGCCUCAGCUGGUCGGCGAAACGAUGACUUUUACUGUAAAAUUUUAUCAACGCAACGGUCAGCCAUAUCCGAUAUGUGAUAAGGAUAACUUGAUCGUAGAAGUAACGGAAGACACGCGCAGGGUGGCUACGUUAAUAGAACUGGGAGGCACCGACCCCUUAGCUGCGAAUACUGCAGUAGUCAAGUUUACUGUCCGCCAUGCGGGACAAUAUCGAAUAGCUGUACUUAUCGGAUCGUGUCAUGUGCAUGGCAGCCCGUUUCUUAAGAAUUUCCUUCCUGGCCCUCCGGAUCCAAAUAAGACAGUCUUUGUACGACAAAGUUCUACAGUCGUUUGUACAGCCGGAAUAGCGCAUUCGAUGACAAUAGAACCACGCGAUGAAUAUGAUAAUCUGUGCAUAUUUGGGCCCAGGGAUCAACCUACUGAAGGCUAUAAUAUUAAUAUUACUCAGAUCGGUAGUCUAGGAGAUGAAGGAUCGAUGGUAGACUACAGUAUUCAUCUCGACUACGAUUCUCCAAAUCAAAGAAUUCGUUUGAAAGUAAGCUUUCCGAAAGGCGGAUGUUAUCACGCGACUGUCAGUUUAGCGGGAUUGCAGUUGCACAAUGGAGACUUUGAUAUCAUUGUACUCGAAAGUUCUGUCGCGAGAAUGGUGCAUAAUAAUGUAGCGUCUAAGGAUCCCGAUAUUUGUUAUGUCGCAAAGUUGCUGGGCAUGCAAGGGGAGAGGUUUUCCAAACCAAGGAAAGUCUUCUGUUUUAUUUCGCCUAAACAACUUACGAUUAAGGAGUAUUUAUUAAAAUUCAUUCCCAUAAGACUCGUAACAUUUAGACUGUGUCCUUCGACUAAGUUCCACUUUGAAAGUUCUACUAAUCAGCACGAGGGUUAUUACCCUUUUUCGAUAGACGACGGAUGCCAACCACCCGUUGAAUUAAUAUCUCUGUACCGUGAUAUAAUAGCAGCCACAUUUACGUUGUUUCUUUUGAAAAAUAUCGGUGGCAGUGAGACGUUCGCCGAUAAACAAGACUUUUUCUAUCACGAAGUCCGCAAGCAUCAUCAGAAGCAUUAUCAUGAAAAACUGUCGAUGAAAGUGCAGCGUGAUAAGCUUUUAGAAUCGUCCAUGAAGGCCACUAAAGGAUUUUCCGUGAGCGAUUGGUGCCGAAAUUUUGAAAUUACUUUCCAAGGCGAGCAAGGCGUUGAUUGGGGUGGCGUGCGACGCGAAUGGUUCGAAUUGAUAUGCGCCGCUCUCUUCGAUCCGGGAAACGGUUUGUUCGCGUCGUUUGGAGAAUCGCAGCAGGCAUUGGUGCAUCCAAAUCCAAAACGGCCACCUCAUCUUAAAUUGAAGCACUACGAAUUCGCUGGACGUAUCGUAGGCAAGUGUCUUUACGAGUCGGCGCUCGGCGGCUCCUAUCGUCAGUUAGUACGAGCGCGAUUCACUAGAUCAUUCCUGGCGCAGAUUAUAGGACUUAGAGUACAUUAUAAGUACUUUGAACAAGACGAUCCUGAUUUGUAUUUAAGUAAAGUGAAGUACAUUCUCGAGAAUGAUGUUGAGGAAAUGGAAUUAUACUUUGUUGAAGAGGAGUACGACAAGGAUGGCCAAUUGUUGAAGGUGGCGGAAUUGAUUCCCGGUGGUAGCAAAAUUCGAGUGACCAAUGACACGAAGCUUCGUUAUCUGGACGCGCUCGCUCAGCACCGGCUUGCCAGUUCCAUUCGCAACGAAGUCGAUCAUUUCUUGCGCGGUCUUAACGAAUUGAUUCCCGAUAACCUCUUGGGAAUAUUCGACGAAAAUGAAUUGGAGUUGCUGUUAUGUGGAACCGGUGAAUAUAGCGUAGCGGAUUUGCGCGCGCAUCACAUAGCUAACGGAAGUUCUCCGGAAUUUCUCCGAGUGCUCGACUGGUUCUGGACAGCGGUGAGCAAUUUUACGCAGGAAGAAAUGGCGCGGCUGCUCCAAUUCACCACAGGCUGCUCGCAAUUGCCACCCGGUGGAUUUCAACAAUUGAGCCCGCGCUUUCAGAUCACAGCUGCGCCAACGUUCGCUAACUUACCUACGGCACAUACCUGUUUUAACCAACUUUGCUUACCUGACUACGAAUGCUACGAUCACUUUGAACGAGCGUUGCUGUUGGCCAUCAGUGAGGGUACCGAAGGUUUCGGCAUGAUCUAAUCGGGAAUCCGCUAAAUUUUUAGUCGAGUCUAAUUAUAACGCCACUGUGUUAAUUAAAUCCACAAUUAUGUACCCAUUUUUCCUCCAAAUGAUAAAAAACCGCGCAUCGUCUUUCGCGAAAAAAUAAAUCCUAUCACCUGAGUUUAUCCCCCAUAGUAACUUCCUCGCCAUCGGCGAGGUCGAGAAGAGAGGAUAGUAAUUUUAUCGCACGUUUUGUAUACGUAGACGGUUAGGGAGAACUCUUUUUAGAAUUAUCUUUCUUCUAUUUUACGCCGAAGAUUAUCAGGAAAAAUCUAAUCUUCCGACGAGUGAGGAGAAUGCAAUUUCUACUGAGCCGUGGCGACAUUUUUAUAAAAUGGAAGAUAUCCAGAGCAAGAGCAAUGUUACCUCAACAUCAAAGCUGCUCAAUAUUAUUAUAUCGAGACGUAGCGUAGUCGAACGUAUAACGAUAGGUUUUGCGUUAUGUGAACGUAAAGGGAAUUACAUUAAUACAUUAAUGCGUUUCCUCGUACGACGAUGUAGUUAACGUCGCUGUAUAAUGACAUACGAUAGAACAAAUCAAAAUAUACAUAGAUAACUUUUCCUUUCUUCGCAGAUAAGUAUUACACGUAAGGAGAGAUCAACGCAUUUCAUGAAGGGAUCAUUGUGGCAAUGUAUAAUAUGUUCCAUUGAUCAGUAUUUCCGUUUUUUUGUCAACACAUUCUCGUCGACUGGCGCACAAUAUGUGAUUUUAAGACGAUUUAAAAAAACGAUACUAAUACAUUAAAGCUUUGUGCCUAGCA